UUUUCCGUCCUUUUCAUUUUGCGUUGGUUCCCAAAAGACUCUAAACAGUUUUGGGCGCGACGCCCUUCAUUUCCGUUCUCCGAAGAAGAAGAAGAAGAAUGCCACGCAGAGGAGGCGGUUCUCAGCGGAAGAAGCAACCCUUAGCUUCAACCUCAGAAAAUCAAACUGGGGCCCAGCAAAACUCAGAAGGUGGAAACAGAUUUCAAUCACCUAGUGAUAAUGGAACACUGACCGAAAUAUCUCGAGAGGCUGUUGGAAAUCUUAUACGCCGUGCUAAUAAAGUUGGCAUUUCCAGGAAAAAGAAGACGCCUGAGUUUGAGCCAGAACAAAAUGGAACCCAAGUCUUGGCUCCAAUGCUCAAACAAAAGACUUCAGAGAUUGGACAUUGUGGUAGAAAUUCCAUGGAAAACGCUUCUGCAGAGGAGAAAUGUGGUAAUUCAGGCCUGCACUGCUUCGAUAACAAGGAAGAACUGGAUGACUCAGAUUGGGAAGAUGGUACAGUUGCCAGGGAUGAUCAUCCUGUGACAAUUGAAUUGAAUAUGACCGCUCAUUCAACUGUACAGAAACAAAUUCGUCGAGCUUCUGCUGAAGAUAAGGACUUGGCUGAACUUGUACACAAGAUUCAUUUGCUUUGUUUACUUGCUCGAGGAAGAUUAAUAGACAAUGCUUGUGAUGAUCCUCUUAUUCAGGCUUCUUUGCUUUCUCUACUUCCAGCACAGUUGCUCCAGCUAUCAAAUGUCACAAAACUCACCUCAAAUGCUCUAUAUCCUUUAAUAUCAUGGUUCCACGAUAAUUUCCAUGUUAAAAACUGUACAAAUAGAGAAACUUCUCCGCACUUUGGUCUGGCAUCAGCUUUGGAAUCACAUGAAGGUAGUUCUGAAGAGAUUGCAGCUUUAUCAGUGGCUCUAUUAAGAGCUUUAAAUCUUACAGCCAGGUUUGUGUCCAUUUUGGAUGUUGCCCCUCUUAAACCAGUUCAAGUUGCAAGUGGGUCUAGUAAUGGCAUAUUUAAAACUUCUACACCAAUGAUAUCUAAGCGAAAAUUGGAUUUUAAGUCACCUCAAGAAUCAAUAUCUUGUAAUGAGAUAGAAAAUGUCUGUGAAAGUUCUCUUGUGCAUUCACGGAAAAGUAAGAAAUGUCAUGCGACAAACCACACGGAUCAGUCUAGUGAUCCUCCUGUUGUUGAUGUAAGAAAUGAUAGUGUUGCUAACUCAAAAGCUUCAGAGACACGAGAUAGUAACUCGGAAUUGUGUCUCACUGACAAAUCUCAUAAAUCAAAGAGGAAAGGGGAUAUUGAAUUUGAGAUGCAGUUGGAAAUGGCUCUUUCUGCUACAACAGUUGAAUGUAAGGACAGUAAAACUGAGGCAAGUGCAAAUCCUGAUUCAUCGAGUUUUUCUUGUCCAUCAAAAAGAGUGAAAAGGGUUAUCGGUGAAGACUCUUCAACCUCCCCCCAAGUAAUUUCUACAGCAAUUGGAUCAAUGAAAGUAGGAUCUCCUCUGUAUUGGGCAGAAGUAUAUUGCAGUGAAGAAAAUUUGACUGGAAAGUGGGUGCAUGUUGAUGCUUUGAAUUUGAUUAUUGAUGGAGAGGACAAGGUUGAAUCCAUGGUAGCAGCAUGCAAAACAUCUUUGAGAUAUGUUGUUGCUUUUGCUGGGCAAGGGGCCAAAGAUGUGACCCGCAGGUACUGUAUGAAGUGGUACAAGAUAGCAUCACAUCGAGUUAAUUCAACAUGGUGGGAUUCGGUGUUGAAACCAUUGAGAGACUUAGAGUCUGGGGCAACUGGAGGUGUGGCUCAUUUAGGAACAAACCAAAUCAUUUCUACAGAAUCCAACAUGAAUGAUUCUGUUGUCCCUACAAGGAGCUCUAUUGAGGAUAUUGAGUUGGAAACCAGGGCAUUAACUGAACCUCUUCCAACCAAUCAGCAGGCCUACAAAAGUCAUCCACUUUAUGCCAUAGAAAAAUGGCUUACAAAGUAUCAAGUACUUCAUCCAAAGGGUCCAGUUCUGGGCUUUUGUUCAGGUCACCCAGUUUACCCUAGGACUUGUGUGCAAACAGUUAAGACAAAAGAGAGAUGGCUGCGGGAAGGGCUGCAGGUUAAACCCAAUGAACAUCCUGUGAAGGAUCUUCAACGUUCCAUGAAGCCUCAAAAAGUACAAGAUUCUGAAGCUGAUGACUAUGGCUGCACUGAUUCUAUUGAACAAAUUAAACUUUAUGGGAAGUGGCAACUGGAACCAUUAAAUCUACCUCAUGCUGUGAAUGGGAUAGUUCCCAAGAACGAGCGAGGUCAAGUAGACGUUUGGUCUGAGAAAUGUCUUCCGCCAGGGACUGUACACUUAAGGUUUCCAAAGGCAUUUUCUGUUGCCAAGAGACUUGAAAUUGAUUAUGCACCUGCUAUGGUUGGUUUUGAAUUUAAAAAUGGCCGUUCAUAUCCUGUCUUUGAUGGUAUUGUGGUGUGUGCUGAGUUCAAGGAUGUACUGCUAGAGGCAUAUGCAGAGGAAGAAGAAAGGCGACAAGCUGAAGAAAAGAAACGGGAUGAAACACAGGCCCUUAGUCGGUGGUACCAGCUUCUUUCUUCUAUCGUAACUCGUCAAAGGUUAAAUAAUCGUUAUAUUAAUAACAGUUUGUCUUCAGACAAACUAACUGGUGUCCUAUGUAUAAAUAAUGAUGAGUCAAGUGCGACAGUAUGCGAUAAUAAUGACAAGAGUCCGAACCAAAGAGACCAACAGGUGGACAAAUGUGAUACUAAUGUUGAUGUUUCAUUAAGCACUUCAGUAAAAGAUCAUGAGCAUGUGUUUUUGAAAGAGUACGAAAGCUUUGAUGAGGGAACUUCUCUAUUGACAAAGCGAUGUCAAUGUGGAUUUUCAGUCCAAGUAGAAGAACUAUAGUAUUCAUUAAUAACUUUCUGCUUAGAUGUAUAACUCUCUGUCUAUAUGAUGCUUUAAUCAAUGCAAGACAUUAGUAUUUUCCUUUUAUCCCUAGUUUUGUAGUUUCUGAAACUCAUGUCAUUGCUUUAGUGUCUUGGAAUUGGAUAACUUUGGCACAAUAAA